AUGAAUUUUGAAUAAUCGGAUGUUUUCUAUCUUAAACUUAAAAUUAAAGAAUAGUAAAACUCUUUACAUUUCAAGGAUCAAGGUUAAGAUAUUACCUCAAUUAGAGUCAUUAAAUAAAAAAUUAUUGAUUAAUAAGAAAAGAAUUAAAAUAUUUAAAAUUUAGUACAAGCAAUAUCAAAGCUAUAUUAUGCUAUGUACUAAAUAAAAGAUAAACGAAAUCUAAUAAUGAUACAUACAGGCAACAUAGAUUUCGAAAAAUAAAAGCAAUUCCUUGACGCAAUUAAGACUCUAAUUGAUUAAAAAUAAGAUUUCAUUUAAUAGCUUUGUCAAAAUGAAUAAAAAAAAUAUAUGAAUGUAUUUUAAAAUUUUAUAUUCAAAGGCAAAUAAUUGGACUAAUAAUAUUCUAAGUUAAUAAAAUGAGUUUUUUGAUUUUUUUUAUUAAAUUUCAUAAGCAUCUCAUCAAAUAAAAAGACAAUUUUUUGAAUAGAACAAAAACCAUUUGAUGAUAUUGUAGCAGAAUCAAAACGAAAAUUUUAAUAAAUUUUUAUUUACUUUCUGCUUUAUUCAAAAUAUAAAAUUAGAAUAUGAAUAAGAUUAAGAAUAAAAAUAAGAAUAAAGCAUGUUUACAAGUUAAUCAUAAAAUAUAGAUAAGGAUUAAAAUAACGAAAAUAAGGAAUAAUAUGAUCAUAGAGAAAUGAGAAAUUUAUAUAUAAGUAUCUCAUCUGAUAUUAAAUAAUAAGAUAUAGACUUUUGGUCAAUUUAUAUGAAAGAUUAUAAAGAUAAAAAUCACCUUUUAAUAUUGCAUCCUUUAGAUUAGAGUAGCAACAAAAAAAUGAAUUUAAAAGAUUCUAAAUUAAAAAAUAAUACUAAAAAUGAAUUUAUUGCUCCAAUCAUUUAUUCAAAUAAAAUUGAAUAUUAUCAAAUGAAAAUGAUAUAUAAAUCUAUUCUUGAUUAGUAAAUUUAUAAUUUAAAUCCAGACUGCAUUUAUUUAGAAUAUUUAUUAUCUCAAGAGUUUAAAUUAGAUUUAAAAGCUCUUGAAUAUCUUAUAAGACAAUUAUAAAAAAGAGCAAAAUUAAUAAUUCAUUUUCGAAUUAGCUUAAAAGAAAAGUUUUCCGAAUAUGAGCUAUUUAACAAUUUAAAUGCAAUUGUUAUGGGACUUUAAGGAUUCAAAAACUAAGAGAAAACUUUUUUAAGGGAAAUAGAGUAUGAAAAUAUAGUUAAUUGGACAUUUUAAAUGAUUUCAAUUUAUGAAAAGUCAAAUAGAAAUAUCAACAUAUCACUUCAAAGCGAAAUGCAAUUAAUGUAAAUUUAAGUUUAAAAUUUAAAAAAAAUAUUUGGUUGUUUGUCAAAUUAGUAUAAAUUUUAAUGGAUAGAAAAUGAUAAUUUUUAAAGUUAAAUUUAUUAACAUUUAGUGUUUAGAGAUGCUAUUAUUUUAUAUGAUAAGAUAAAUGGUGAUAUAUUUUAUUAUAAUCGAAAACUCAGAAAUUCUGAUUCUUUUCAUCUAUAAAUUAAUUUGUAAAUAUUUAUCUAUUCUAAGCAAAAAGAUCUAUUUAAAGUAAGGGUUAAUUGAACCAAGUAUAAUAGUUUUAUAAAAUUAUUUACUUAUUAUAUAUGGAUACUUUAAAAAUAAUUAAUUUUCAAAUUAGAUCUUGGUUUUUGAUUUGUAAAAUUAAUGUUAAAAUUCUAUUACAAUGAAUCGUGAUGAAGAAUAUGCUUAAUUUAAACAUACUUACUAUGAAAAUUAAAGUUGUGAAGCCAUUGUAAAUAGAAUUAAAAAUAGAAGAGGACCGUAAAUUUGUAAUAAUAAUUUUUUUGAUGAGAAUAAUAAAAAUUAUAUGUCAUUUAUUCUAAUUGGAGGGGAAGGGAGAGAGUAAGAAAUAACUUUAAUAGUUUUAGAUCAAAUGUAAUAAUGAACAUAAUUGAAGUAGUGAUACUAGAUCUUAGAAAUCAAAAAUUUUGUUCAUUCAUCAUAAAUAAAUCAUAAUUAUGUAAAAGUUCCUCUUUAAAACCUUGGCCCUUUUAAAUGGUUCUUGAAGGUAAAUAAAAUUGUAUAUGUUUUUAUUUGGUUUUAAAUGGAAACUAGACAAACAAAUUGAAUUAUUUCUCUUUUCCAAAAAACCCUCAAUAUCUAAAAUAAGCAUAACUCUUAGUUUAACAAUAAAAUUCAUUCUAACUUUUUAUAUUACCUAUCACACUAAUGCAAGAAUUAAUAGUUUAAAUAGAUUAACUUUUCGAUGAUUGCAAAUGUUAGUAUUUCGAUGAAAUGCAAAGUGAGGAAAAUUGUUUUGUUUGGAAAAUUUUAAUUACAAGAUUCGUUCUUUUUCAUCAUUCAAUAAUUAAUCAUCCCAUUUUUGCAAGGUUUUAAAACCGAUUAAUAUUAUUAUAAAAUAAUAAAUUUUUAUAGAUAUGCUUUUAAAUCAAAAUAAAAUUAUUUUUGUAAGUUUAAGAUUAAAACUCUUAAAAUUACUCAGACUCUCGUGUAGAAAUAGAUUGCAAAAUAUUAGAGGUUUUAUAAUAAAAUAAUGAUUGA